UCAUACUCGUUCACCAUAGCUUUCGCGUCCUGAUUCGGGAGGUGAUCGCCCUACAGCCUCGGACUUCUUUUCUCAUACGACAUUCUGAGAGCUGCGCAGGAAGCUCGCUCAGCCGUCCAUCUCGUCCCUCGAGUGGCUCAUUGUGGUGCAGGUCCAUCCUCUACAGACCCUUCCCGCACCUCCUCUCGACCUUGGUUGCCUGCCUCCUCAACGCGGAAGGGCUUUCGGGCUCUGAUCGCUGCCUCUGACGUCAAAAUGUCUGACAAUGAACAGUUCGGUAGCGGCGGUGGUGGUGGAGCAGAUGAGGAGCUGACAUUGCCGCGAGCAACGGUGCAAAAGCUCAUCUCAGAGGCUCUACCGGACGAUCUUUCUGCUUCAAAGGAGGUGAAGGAGCUCAUUGUUGAAGCAUGUACAGAAUUCAUCCACCUCGUCUCAUCGGAAGCAAACGACUUCUGCGAAAAGUCGGGCAAAAAGACCAUCGGGCCAGACCACUGCAUGCAAGCACUCAAGGAGCUGGGCUUCGAGUCGUACGUUUCACAAAUCGGAGAGGUGCUGGAGGAUCACAAGGUGGAGAUGAAGCAGAGGGAGAAGAAGGCGAGCAAGAUGGCUGGAAGUGGACUCAGCGCCGAGGAGCUUCAGGCACAGCAGGAGGCCCUCUUCGCUGCUAGUAGAGCACGGUAUGAGGCUGGCAACUAGAAGCGAGGGACCCGAGGGGCAAAUGAGUACGUACCAACAAGGUCGAAUCCCCGCGCUUGCCAAGCUCGGGAUCACGAAGGGAAGCGGACAUAGCAGCAACGGAACAGCAUUGUACAUUGGCGGCUCUGUCGAACGAAGCGGAUACAAGCACAGAGCAAGCGGUCCGCGCAGAGGAUUGCUCUGCCCGAGGGCAACCAGAUAGAGGAAAGGGGCUGUUCGCGGAGCUCACACUUGCGACAGUGCGGCUCGUAUCCGAGAAAGACCUGUACAUGCAGCAACUUCAUGGCAGGCAGUCACGGCCGAGUCGUCACACUUAGCCCAUACAGCACCUUCAAGAAGGUCGGAACGAACAUCAGCGCACUCAGAGAAUUCUACGAUCACGUAUCCGACAUCCUGCCUGUCUGUGAAAUAUAACCAGUCCGUUUUGUCAG